UUCAGAAGUCUGCCCCCCCCCCCCUCCGUCCAACAUGGACACUUUUUUCCGCCGUCACUUUAAGAGGAAGGAAGCUGUUCUGCAGGUGGAGGAAUCCUGCCGCCAGCGGAGGCCCAGCGUGGCCGUCCCAACCAGCAAGGCGCGCCGGAGGUCCAGUGUCGGACUCCCUUCCUCCACCCUGACCCAGCGGCGGCGCUCCAGCGUGCAGCUCCCGGCGGGGCUUCUGCCUUGUGCGGGAGGCGGCCGUUUGGCAAAGACACCCAGACGCAACAGGUGGAGGGGACACACUCGCAGACGCUCCAGCACUACCACCCCCAACGUCAACCCGAGGUUCGCCGUGUGCAGGAAGAAGGUGGGGAAGCUGCGGACCAUUGACACCCACCUGCUGGGGCCGUCCAUGCUGCUGGCCAGUCUGAUCCAGAUGGCUGAGGAAGACGAGGAGGACGAGGAGGACGGCAUGGGGGCGGGGCUACCGGCUGGAGAGCAGCAGGUGGAGAUGAGGGGAGAGGCCAAUAACAGGAGGAUGUUCUCACGCUCCAGCAGCCUCCCCUCAGACGGAGACGACGAUGGUAGCGAUAACUCCACCGCCAACGACAGCCAAUCAGAGGACAGCCAGCUGUCUGAGGCGGAGGAGCUGGCGGAGGAGGAGGACGACACCUCCUUUUCUCCUGAUCAGCACUUCUCCCCCACCUCCACUCCCUCCUCCUCCACCGCCCUGCAGGUGAUGAGGAAAACCCCCCAGCCUCCGUCAACGUCGCGGCCCCUCAUCAGGGCCCCUCGCUGCCUCCGGAGGAACUCCUCUCAGGUGUUCACAGGAGACUCUGCUCCCUACAGCCGCUACCGGGCCUCCAGCCAGAGGAAGAGGAGAAGGAUCUCCACCAUCUCAAAGGUCGGGAGCCCCUGGCCAGGACGAGGGCCCCCGCUGCCCAGUCGCAAGAGCUCAGUCUACUACCUCAACCACGCGGCCUUCUACAGGGGCCCAGGAGCCCUCAGCUCGCUGGGGCCCCAUGCCUACGACUCCCAACUGGAGAGCUGGAGUGGCUUUCUGCUGAAAGCCAUCGCAAAGUCGGGUCUGCAGCACGCGGCGGCUCAGCCCAACGUCUCAACGUCCGGAUCGACCGACGCGCUGCAGGAACCCAACAGCACCGUGGACUGGAGCGACAACGCCCAGUUCGGAGACCACAUCUGGUUUGAGACCAGUGGGUCUGGAGACUUCUGUUAUGUUGGAGAGCAGUACUGCAUCGCCAAAUCACUGCAAAAGUCAGUGGCGAGGAAGAAAUGUGCUGGAUGUAAGAUAUCCGUCCACACCAUGUGCAUGGAGCAGCUAGAGAAGAUUAAUUUCAGGUGCAAGCCGUCGUUCAGGGAACCAGGAUCUCGAGCCGUCCGAGAGUCCAACGUUGUGCGACACCACUGGGUCCACAGGAGACGUCAAACGGGGAAGUGUCGACAGUGUGGGAAGGGAUUUCAACAGAAGUUCUCAUUUCACAGUAAAGAGAUUGUUGCAAUCAGCUGCUCGUGGUGCAAACAGGCGUAUCACAACAAGGUGACGUGCUUCAUGCUGCAGCAGAUCGAGGAGUGCUGCUCUCUGGGAGCUCACGCUGCCGUCAUCAUUCCUCCUACCUGGAUCAUCAGGGUCCGCAGAACACAG